CGUCCAGGACAAAACAAAACAUCAAGAAUUGACAGCUCCACUAAAGCUUUAUUACUGACUGACAGCCGCUGUAUAUAAGAGUAAUAUCACAAAAUAUCAUUAAGCCUUCGCUCAGUAUGCUGAUCCACUGUUAAAAACGGAUUUUUUGAGUCAGUUUCACGACCAGUGUGCCACAGAGUCCUGUGGAUCUAAAGGGAUGUUUUGAAGAUCAUGUGGAUACCUUUGUGGAGAUGGAGGCUGUGAGACCAAAAAAAUCAAAGUCCAAAUCCAGUGGAAAGUCACAGGUCAAAAAUGAAAGACAGUCUGAAAGUGUUAGAAAACCCUCAAGACCUUCCACAGAACUGACUGAGCCAGUUGAGAUCACUGCUGAAUUCACAGAUGUUCCCCUCAGUCUUUCUCAUGUGCCUUCUAUCUCUAAUCCAAACCCACCUACCACUCACCCCUUACUAGACCAUAAAGACAAAGCUGAAAAGGACCAAAACAAAGAUCUCUUGUUUAACACGAAAAAAAUUGUGGAGAAACCCCCUUGCAAUGUUGAAUCAGAGCAUCGAUCAUCACAAGCCACGCCACCUCAAGCAGAUCAAACUUUGGUAUCUACUCAACACCACCUAAAUGAUCAAAAACCUCUUAGUGGUGGACUUGAGCCAAUUCAUGUCUCUUCUAUAUAUCCCUCCAUCCCUGCCUGCUCUGAACCUCAACUCCUUGAGGGACUUCUAGAUUCUUCCCUUUUGUCACUAGCUACUGAGGCAUCAGAACUGAGACAGAUAGCUCCAGCUGUUCUGCCUCUAGCUAACCAGGAGUCCUCCCCACCCAGCCUGGUUCCCGUGGAGGUCGCUGACGUGGAAAGGCCCAAGGAGAGGCUUUACCCAGAACUUCCAAGGUCAUGCCAGAGUGUAAAGCCCUUUACUAGCGAGCAGCUGCGGACGUGGGAACCGGGUUCCUGGCUGGAAAACGUGCAGCUCCAUGAAGCUGAGUUCCAGAGUCUAGCUCACCAAGAAGGACAUGAGCUGUACGAGCUGCUUCUGAGCUACUGGAGGUGCCGUAAGCAGCUGACUCAGGCCCAGACUGAACUGCAGGCUGCGAACUCGGACUGCAAGAAUGUGCAGAACCGUCUGUGGAGCUUCAAGGAUGAAAGGCUUUCGUUACAGGGUGUGUGCGCAGACCAGGCGAAGGUGUUUGGCUACCACUGUUACCAGCAGGUGACGCUGAAUGAGGCAGCAAUAGCUGACCUGAAACAUCUGUUUGCUGCAAAAGCGGAAAUCCUCCAUCAGACGGUGGCCCUUCACUCGUACACCUCCAUCCUGUCCUGUCUGCAAGUGGAGUCUUAUCUCUACCACUUGCUCAGCAGCAACCCCACCACCAAAAGUGUGGCUGUACAAGAUACAAGCACAGUGGGUUCAAAGUCUCAGCCCUCCUCUUUGCAACCACUGAAAGAGAGCAUCAGUGUCCUGUUCAUCUUCACCAGGAGGGUUCUAGAUGACUCCCAGUUUCAGGCUGACAUCCAUCUCUGGCUGCAGAGGCUGGUGUCUGUGCUGCAUCGGGUUGGUUCUGCAGGAGAUCAUUUGUUCAUUCUAAACCACCUGCUCUGCUGCCCGGCAGGAUUGGGGAAAUGGGCGUUGCCAUUCCUACAGAUAAAAGUAUUGGAUAACCCGUCUGGCGUGUAUCAUUUCAUGCAGGCUCUGGCUAUUCUUAUGUCUCCUGUGAGGCAUCGUGCAGACUUUUUGGGACACAUGAAGCCCAGUGACACAAAGGGCAACAGCAGUCUUUCAGGACCUGCAUCUGGUAACUGGACUCUGGUGGAUGAAGGUGGAGAGGAAGAUGAAGAUCCAGAAACAAGCUGGAUGCUGCUGUCUGAGGACGAUCUGAUUUCUCUGUUCUCUCAGUUUCCUUUCGAUGAGCUCUUCAAACACUUACUGGGGAUUUGCUCUAAAGGCAACUAUCAGCCUCAAGCCACCACCAGUCAAAAGAUGGUGAAGAUAUUUGCUUUUGCCUCUUCACUGAUCGAGUUGCUCGCUGUCGGCCUGCAGACCUACAACAGAGCGCGUUAUCGCCAAUUUGUAAAGAGGAUUGGCCACAUGAUACGCAUGACGCUGUGUUAUGUGAGUGACCACUGGGCACAGUACAUCAGCCUUACAGGUGUGAGCAGGACCACAAUGCAGGAACAGUCCUUUUCAAUGGAGAAGCUGCAGGUGGAGUUUGAUCAUCUUUUCCUGAGAGCAGUGCUACAUGUGCUUAAAGCCAAGAGACUGGGUAUAUGGCUGUUCAUGUCUGAGAUGCCAUAUGGCACCUUGUCCAGUUCCAUGCUGUGGAAGAUCUUCUAUAUCAUGCAGUGUGCAGAGACGGAAGGUCUGGAGAGGCUCAGCUGUAGCUUAAGUGCUGAUGACUGCAUCCAGGGGCUCAAAGAUUCAAGCCACCAGGAGAAAUUUGAGAACUGGCUGUCGGAGAUCAACAGCUCAGAUGGAAUCUGCCUGUUGACUACAUUUUCACACAUGGCUCAGCCCAGACGCACAGAUGUAGACCCAGAGUUCAUCAGGACCAUAGUGCUAGAGAUAUACGAGGUAUCUUACGUCAGUAUUGCCACUCGAGAGAUCUUCUCUAAAGUAGGGCGGGAGUUGCUGGCUGCUAUAGCGACAGCCCACCCUCACAUCAUAUCUGUGUUGUUGGAGAGACUGAGAGAGACCAUAGAGAAAGUGGGCAUGGUUUCAUUGUACCUGUUUAAGGAGUUGCCUCUGCACAUGUGGAUGCCAGCUGAAGCUGAAGUCGGGUUAAUCCGUGACUGGCUGUUGAACUUCAGCCUCACUGCAGUGGAGAACAGACUCGCCUGCAUUAUCCUGGAGGGCCUCAACUGGGGAUUUCAGCCUAAUGGCAGCCUUGUUCUACCAGCUCAUUUGCACAGUGAAAUUGCCCUGUUGGUUAUUGAAGCGUAUCAAAAAUACCUCACAGACAAACCAUAUGCUGGGAUCCUAUCAGAAGGCAUUAAACAGGUGUCUUACCUGGCUAAUGUGGUGCGACUCGGCCAGACUCCAGAAUCCUCCUUUAACCAGUGGGCCUGGGAUCUGGUUUUAAGCCUAAAGCUUCAUGCCAAUGAAAGAAAUCCUCAGGAUGCCUGGUGCCCACUGCCCUCCUCCAGCAUCCCCAGUGUGCCUGAGAUCACAGAUUCUCCCACCAUGCACCCUGUGUUCAAAGCUGUCAAAGCGGGCAUCCCCAUUGGCUGCUUCCUGGCUAUUGAGAUGACCACCAUUGGACACAGUUUGGAGAAAUUCUGUAGUGAUGGGAUAUCUCUGCUAAGGACUCUGGUCCAGUCUCGACAUCUCAAAGCUGCAGUGCACAUACUGGAAAACAUUCUGCCUCUGGUCUACCACUGCCAGUUCUACCUGCUCAAAAACGAACAGUUUCUCAGCUGUAUUCAGCUUUUCUUACAGCUAGAUAGUGGGACUCAGGGUGUGACCCAGCAGGUCGCACAGAAGGUGACCCAUCAUCUUAUUGGCACCUCUACAUGUGAGAACAUCAAAUUCCUGAAUAGUGUGAUCCAGGUCCAUAUUUUGGAAAGUUCGAGACCUGGGCGUGUUGGUGUGGUAGCUGUUCUUGAGUUCUGGCUUCAGGUUUUGACCGAGCAGAACCUCUGGCAUCGAGACAGAGCUGUGCUGUACCUUCUGGACCAUCUGUGCCGUGCUGCAUUUCUUCACCAACAAGAGGAAUGUCUCCAGAAACUUCUCUAUCAUCAGCACAAGAGUGCCCUAGGUUACCAUGGAGACAAAGGUUUUCUCUCUUCUUUUAUGGGCUGGAUAGUAGCAGGAAAUGUCACGCCAUCUUUCAUUGAAGGCAAUGCUGUAACAGGGGAGGUUUGGUUUGCUUGGUUGGUGUUAAACAUGGAGUCUAUGUUCGAGGAAGACUCUCAGCUGCGGCGCUGUGUGGAACAUGAGCUUCUCUCCAACUCUGCCUGCAUACCAGAUCAGGCUCUGAAGAAAGCCCAGGUACGUCUCAAGCUUCAGGUGGUCCCCUCCCUGCAGAGGCUGAUGAUCUACCGCUGGGCUCAACAAGCUCUCGCUACACCUGCAGAUCACCCACUCAUACCUUUGGUGUGGCAGAAAUUCCUCCAACUUUAUCUCCGUCAACCUGGACCAGAGUUUGGGCUGGAGGUGAAAGGUUGUAUUGGCAGACGUUAUUUUCAGAAUGCAGCUCAUCUGUCUCUGUUGAAGUGCCUCAGACAGCGGCUGGUUGAGGUCUCUGAUUUCCAUCACGCUACUAGCAAAGCUCUGAAGGUGCCUUGCUUUACUGGUGAAUCCAGCGAUGGUCUGCUGUCCCCAGGGAUGCCCGUCACCCAGUUCAUGACCUCUCCUGAGCUGCACACAGAGCUUGUGCGGCUCUUUAAUGUGUUCGCUUUGUGGUUGGAUGAUGAAAACCUUCAGAAACAGGACAUUUACCUGCCCUCCCUGCCAAAGCAGUAUGACACCCAUCGCCUUGCCAAAAUCAUGCAGCGUCAGCAGGAGGUGUGGAUAGAGCAUGUUGACAUUGAGCGAGUCCAACAUGAGCUGCAGGAAGUCUUCAAUCUGUGGUCAAAGGUCAAAAGUGAACCAGCACCUUCCCAGAACACCAACUCAUCCAUCUUCACUGACUUCAUCAACCCUUUGGCAGCGAGAGAGCGUAUUCUCACCAACCUGAGAAAGCAUGAUGCCCCCCAGGGGAUGCUGUUGCUUGUCCCACUAAAAGCCCCAGUGCCUGACAUUCCCACUGAAAGUCUGUCUGAUGAGAAAAUCUCCACAGCUUUAAUUCAGAAAGACCUUGCGAAGCUCCAGCACCAAGCCAAGUUGGCAACAGUGCGUGAGACGCAGCAAGUCGCUCUGGACAAUGAACUUUUGGAGGUGUUACCUCAGCUCUACAUAAAUCGAGAGGACCAGCUCUCAAUGCAGUUAGAAUGUCGUGGUAAAGGAGGACAGGCCUGCCAGGGUCCCGCACACAUCACUGUUAAGUACUCAAGAAUGCACAAACUGGAUCCAGUGGAGAAUCAGAUCCAGUGUCUGAAGAAUGAUAUUAAACAGCUGCAGGCUGAUGGAGUCAAACCUCCUCCUCAGAGUCUGGCUGAGGCAGCCGUACACACCGAGAACUUCAUCACGGCCUUGGUUAAUGCUUUUAAACUAAAUCCAUCACCUGGUAUACUGAAGGUGGGCAUCGCCGCUUUCUAUCAGAUUGUGUCGUUUGUGUGUGAGGACACACAGAGACAUCCACCAACUCGCCAGUUCUUUACUUCCUGUAUUGAGAUCCUGGGUCAGGUCUUCAUCCGGGAUGUCCAGUCAGAAUGUAAGCACAUGCUGAAGACCAUCCUAAUCAACAGACACCUGUGUAACCUGCUGUCACCCUACUUCACCCCUAACGCCUCUCCGGCAGAGCUGGUCUUUCUCUAUGAGGAAGUGGUCAAUACACUCCAUAGUGACAGCGGUGAUGUCAUCUUCAUGCUCCUCACAAAGUUUGAUGUGACGCAAUGGCUGUCAGUGACUCAGCCGGCGUUCUCUGAGCGCAGCCAGUUGAUGGCAAUCAUCCAUCAGGCUCUUUGCACCUGUGGACUGGAACCUGAGGUGGAAGUCCUCAUGCCCUUCAACAUCUUCUGCAAACACUGGACUGAACUGCUGCUUUAUCAAUUUCCAGACCACUACAGUGACGUUCUGCGUUUACUUAUGCAAAGCUCCUCUGAACAGCUUCUCAGUCCAGACUGUUGGAGGGCUUCACUAAAAGUGUUGGGCUGCUCUUCUCAUCCUAAGAUAAAGACUGCCAAAACCCGCUCCAUCCUCCUCUCCCCUCAACAGGUGGAUGAGACAAUUGAGUGGCUCGCAAAGUACUUCCUGAAGCUUCGACUGUCCAAUGGAGACUUUAGGAGCUUCGGUCUCCUGUCAAAAUGGGCGCCGUACAUUGAGGAAGUCAAAGACUUCUGGGAAAAUCUCAUCAGUUAUGUCAUUGAUCUGGAAUUGAAUAACUGUAGCAAAGAAUCAGUAGGAAGCCCAAGGCUGGUGAAAGUUCUUGAGAACCUGCACGCAAAAAUGGCCAAACUUUUCCAACCAUGGAUUCUGGUUCUUAACACUGACAGCACAAGUCACCCUCGAUGUUCUCCAUGGCUUGAAUCAGAUGCCACAGCUGCGGCCAGCUUAGUGAGCUUAUAUGCACACUUGACAGAGACUUUACAUGAGAAAUCCAAAGAUCGUUUGCUGCCAGGACAAAGAGGAGCUCUGUGGCUUCAUCUCAUGCAUUACUGUGAGACAUGCACCUCUCCAAAGAUGUCAGAGUACCUGUUGUACACAUACCACACCGAGUACAGCCGUCUGCCAUGGAAGGACCUCCAUCCAGAUCAAACAUUAAUGAACCAGUUUUUCAAUGUGGAGAGGGGAAGUCCAAAGAGCUGUUUCCUGUUUAUGGGAGAGCUGCUGUGUGAGGUGAACUGGGUCAGUGCAUUGAGUGAUGCUCUCAGCCCCCAUCCCAGCCCGUCCGCUCAGACCAUGGUGGUCUCCCUCCUCUAUCUGAUGGUGUUCCUGGCAAAAGAGGAUCUUCCCCUCAACAAACCUGAGUCGUCUGUCUUAAAUCUACUCCGCCAGUCAGUUUCUCUGCCCUGGCACUUGGUGGAUUUUCCUGCUUAUCAAAACGUCACACGCUACGUUAGCACGCAUUACCCAGCAUCCCUUGUUCUCAGUCGUGACACUUCUUCACAACAAGUCAUCAGAUUGCUUAGAAUGGCUGCUGGAUUUGAAAUGACCGCACAGCCCUUACAUCACAAGGACAUGACUUUAAAGUGCCAAGCCUUCCUUCAUCUCAUGGUGCAGUUCCUGACCUCUCUGGAUCAGAAUGGGAACAUCAGUCUGGCAUCUUUAGAGACUGAAAUGGAGAGAUUACUCGAGUACAUUGUCCUUUUAAACCCUCCCGAGACAGACCCCCAACAGCGACACAUGGCCACCUGCAGUCUGUUUGCUGAACUGCUGACUCUACUGAAUGAAGCUGGGAUCUCUACAGCAGAGGGACUCGGGACUAAACUGCACUCUUGGGUGGAAAAGCGAGCUCGGGGUCCUUUGGUUCUCCCGCUUCUCACGGCUGCGUGUAGAUGCCUGGCCUCAGUGCGUCAUAUGGCACGCACCACAGAGGCCUGUAUUCUGUCCUUCUUCGCUGAUGGUGGAUGUACUGAUCAGUAUUCUGGCUGGGGACCUAUCCUGGUGUCUCUGCAGGUUCCUGAGCUGACUGUUGAGGACUUCAUCCAGGAAAGCUUGAAUCUGGGCAGUUACCUCACUUUGUACAUCUACAUCCUCCAGAGGCUGAACUUGGAGCAAACUCUCCUCAAUGAAAAGAAGACCUUAGUGCUGCUGAACACGUGGAUCAACCAGGGCUUCCCUGGUGGUCCGGCGGAUGAGGCAAAGCUGUUUUUGUGGUGGCAUAAGGUCUUGGAGCUUCUUCAGAUCCAAGUGGAUCAAGAGGACACUUGUGAGCUUGACACUUUGAUUAUCACCUUAAUGGCGUUCCAGAACCGUCUGGCCCAGCUUGGUGAGGAAAGACUGAACUCGGGUAUCCUGGGUGCCAUCGGCCUGGGGAAGAAAUCUCCACUUUCUAGCAGGUUUCGGGUUGUUGCACGCAGCAUGUCGGCAUUUCUCCUGGUGCAGGUGCCCUCAGAAUUUCAGCUGCGUCUUCGUCCAGGCACAGAGCUGCAGCUCUCAUCUAAAGCCCAACAGGCUUUAGCUGUGUUGGAGGCCAUGCCCAGUAAUAAACAGUAUUCAGAGCUGCAAGAAACUGUGAGUCAAGCCUGCCAGUUCAUCAGGUACCCGGGUCACUGCCUGAGUGACAGCAACCACCUACUAACCCUGCUGGUAAACAUGCUCUACACGGACCUUCAUUACCUGGACAUCAUCCGUUAGCUGGAAACUAACAACGAGGUCAGUGAAAUGGACAGGCACCGUGAAACCCACCCAAGAUCUCCCGGAGAGAGAACGCUGCUCUUUUGGUCGGAAAUCAAUGCAGUGAUGUGUCAAUCAAUCUGCCAGAAUCUGGUAACAGGCUGAAGCUUAGAUUAGGUUAGAUUCAGUUAUCCGCCUUCAGGCACAAAUCGAGCAUCUCUGCAGUGGGCCGGGGAUUUUUGUAAUGCGCGUAUGAGGAUGCAUGAUGGGGCAAUUUUGGUGAGUUUCAGUGUGCACACCUCAUCACAUGCUUCUAUUGAUUUGCACAACAAAUAUGCUGGUGAAUUCACAAUAAUUAUAGAUAUCAUAAUCGAUUUCACGGUGACGACUUGAGGUUCACUGUGUUUUUAUUAAAAGUACAUUUGUUAUGAGCUCAUGCAAUUAAACCAAUAGUGACCGGCCAUAUAUUUGAUCCUAUUUAGUGAAUACCUGAGCCUCUUUCUCACUUCAUCAUGUGGAUGAAAUAGGAUGGGUACAUUUUUUUGAUCUGGCCAAAUACUGGUUGCUGCUACAGCAUGAGAUGUGCCUAUUAAGUGCACUUAAUUUUAGAGUGUUAUUAUGCUUGUCAGUACAGAGCAAAAGACCUCCAUAAAAACAUGUACAUUUCUGACAUUACACAUUCCUAUCCCCCUUGUAAAAGUUUUCUGUUUCUCCAUAGUAACAUAUGAAUUUGGAUGAGCAUGGUAACUGCUGUAUAAGUACAAUUACUCUAGAAUUCAUUUAAAUUCUAAAAGAAAAAAAUCUUCUUUGUAUAAUGCUGUUCCUAGCAUAUUUGGUUAUAAUUUUUUAACUGGCUUAGUAAAUCAAGCCUUCUGGCCAUUUUUGCAUGCUUUUGUAUUUCAGACUAUAAGUUCAAGUCUUUUUUCACACCAGAACAUUUUAUUAGUUUCCAUAAUACUUAGUUUCACUGUUUGAAACAUUGUGUAGAGGCUUCCCCAAUAAAUAAUGACAAGCAAAAUGUUGGCUAGAUAUACACAGACUCAUUGUCAAUGCCAUGCUACUAGGCCUAAUUAAAAAAGUAAAAAAAGUCAAGCACAUUGGAACAACUUGGACACGUUGUAUAAAUGUAUACUGGACAGUCUAUUAUUGUAUAGAACUUGUCUUAAGAUCUCUUUUCAAUUGGUUUGUGUGUGUGUAUGUGUUUCUCUUGUGCCAUAAUUACUCUUCAAAACACUGUCAACUUAUCUGUCUUGUAAAUGGAUAUGUAAAUGAUUACAAAGAUCAACAAAACCUAAAACCAGAAGAAUUGUGUAUGUGUGUGUCUUAAGCGUUCAGAUACUUUUGUGGCCACUGUUGAAUAUAAAAGAAUAACAGGUGAGUAAAUGAUGAAGGGUUCUUAGACGUGACCAAACAAUAUACCACAUCCCAGGCUUUGGUGGUUGCCAUGGAAAUCUCAUCCAUUUUAAUCGACGCUACAGCAGGAGUGUUAUCAGGGUACCCAGACAGCAGAUGGGAGACUGAGAGGUGGUAUUUAAGUGUUUCUUUAUAUGUUAGGCUGUUUUUAUGUUCUGUCACGUCAUAGUCAAAAAGACUUACUGGAGGAUCUGUGAUCCUUCACACCCAAUAGUGAUACAAAACGAAAAGUUCUGUAGAUGAAUUAACUUAUUUAAAAACCUAUAAAGACUGAUCUAAAAUUUGUUAAUACCCAGUGAAGUUGUUUUUUUCUUUAAACAAACAGAUGGCACCUUAUGGUAAGAUGACCGUGUAUCUUCAACUUGUGAAGAUACUGAUUCUGACACUUCUCCUACAGUCUACCACAUUUAAUUACCCAUGACUUUUUUUGCGAUUUUUAAGUGAAACUGUGCCCUAGGCAGUGUUAAAGGGAACUCCAAAAGACUUUAUUAAGGCUACCAACCAAUCAGAUUAUAGUUAUUUUAAGAUUCUAACACAAAACGUUUGGCCUUCACAUAAGCUGAAGCCUCACACCUUGGCUCGGUGUUGAAGAACUUACAGUACAUUAAAGGGAUAGUUCACCCAAAAAUGGAAAUUCUGUCAUAAU